CAGAGCGUAUUUCUUCGCCGAUAACCGAGAUGGAUCAGGAUAAUCUUUCUGUGGUUCUACAUUCUGCAGGCAACCUUAAACUGGAAAAUCGCUCGAUUCCUGAACCAGGCCCAAACGAGGUGUUACUUCGCAUGCAUUCAGUGGGCAUCUGUGGCUCUGAUGUCCAUUACUGGCAACACGGGAGGAUUGGAGACUUUGUAUUGAAGAAGCCGAUGGUUCUGGGUCAUGAGGCCUCUGGGCAGGUCAUCAAAGUGGGGUCAGAGGUCAAGCAUCUCAAACCAGGUGACCGAGUUGCCGUGGAGCCCGGAGUGCCCCGAGAGAUGGACGAGUUUUUCAAAAGUGGACGCUACAACCUGUCGCCCACCAUCUUUUUCUGCGCCACUCCACCAGAUGAUGGAAAUCUGUGCAGAUACUAUGUUCACAAUGCCAACUUCUGUUAUAAGCUACCAGACAAUGUGACCUACGAGGAAGGGGCUCUAAUUGAGCCUCUCUCUGUGGGAAUCCAUGCCUGUCGCAGAGGUGGGGUAUCUCUGGGCAGCACUGUCUUCAUCUGCGGGGCAGGACCUAUUGGGCUUGUUUGUCUGCUAGUGGCCAGAGCUAUGGGUGCCUCCAGGGUUGUAAUAAGCGAUCUGUCAGCUGAGCGCUUGCAGAAGGCCGCGGAGCUGGGGGCCGACUUCCCCCUGCAGGCGCAGAAGGAGAGCCCCGCAGAGCUCGCAGCGAAGGUGCAAGGGCUGCUGGGAUGCCUGCCGGAGGUCACCAUCGAGUGCACUGGAGUGGAGUCCUGCAUACAGACCGCCAUUUAUGCGACCCGUUCUGGUGGCGUGGUGGUUCUGGUCGGACUGGGCUCUGAGAUGGCGAACAUCCCGCUUCUGAAUGCCGCGGUCAGGGAGGUGGACAUCAGGGGCAUCUUCCGCUACUGCAACACGUGGCCCAUGGCGAUCACUAUGCUGGCCUCCGGUAAGGUGAACGUGAAGCCGCUGGUCACACACCGCUUCCCACUGGAGCAGGCCCUGGAGGCCUUUGAGACCACUCGGCAGGGCCUGGGGGUGAAGGUCAUGCUCAAGUGCGACAAGCAGGACCAGAGCCCGUAACGUCCACCCCGGGGCUGUGAGAGCUCAGGCGCAGCGAACACCCUGGUACCGGCCAUGCAGUCAGCGGGCCUAGCUGCGUUUUGCCUGAGACUAUCCUUACUCUACUUUAAAAAAACUCUUCCUUUUCUUUUCUUCCCAAGUCCAACAUCCAUAGUUUGGCACUGAUGUGCUAAAUGUGGUAGCAGACCAUUAUACCUGGCCGUAGAGAAUGCAGUCUGGAUUCUCUGUUUUCGCAGUUUUCACAGCAUUCAUAAAACACAUCAGACUAAUUCCUAAGAUAUUAGACUACCGCAUCAUAACAAGCUGAUGGCAGUAAGAAAGGAAGAAAAUCCGAAAGUAGGAAGGUUUUUUCAGAUUUGGGGGUGUGGUUCAGGACGUUAAGCCUGGAAUUAUUAGUUUAAUGUCAUAGAACGUAUGUGAAGUAUAAUAAGAGGUGCUGUAUUUGAAAAGAUCUCGGGUCUAAGACAAUUAGGUAGUACAUUAGAGUUCAGACUACAAAUGUUUAAUUUUCUUCUGCAUUUUUGUUAUGUCUUGUGCUAAAAUAUUUUACAAUUUCAGCACAUUGAAGAACAAAGUGCCCUCCACUAUAAGGCUGAAGUGUUUACAUACUGUACUUUCAAGGACUCAGGAGGAAAUUGCUCUUGUUAAACUGACAUUUUAAUGCAAAUGUAUGACUAAUCCGUGGUUAUAGACCUCUUCAAAAAGAGCUCAUUAACUGUGAAAACUGAUUGCUGUAUUUGUCUUCUGUUUUCUGCUUCACCACAGCAAACAUAAACCUGUGAUAACAAAGUUUAA